GUAUAGUAUACGCGUAGUCAUGGAUAACACUUGGGCUGUCGUUGAGUGGAAGGUGGACAACACGUUCACCGCCAUCCCUGUGACGUACAUACCGGAUUACGAUCCAAAAGUAGGGAUGGCUAAGUACACCAAGACACUUGCCAAGUGGGAGGGUGAUCUUCUCGAAGCCACUCUGAUUUUCACAGGUAAGAAUAUCUUUUACUUACAUUUGGCCUGGAAGCGUCUCUUUCCUUCAAUCGUUAUGUCCUCGUUACCUCCAGCAACUUUCAAUAACCGCUGCAACUUGAUUUGUCCGGGACUAACUUCCAUGUCAAAUUUGAUGGGUCCUGACGGGACUUUUGCGAGAUCGGUUUUUAGAGAUACGACGACUCGUCUUAUCCGUUGCUUUGCAGAAAGAUGUGAGAAAGGGAAGAUAAAAAUCAUUGCAAUAAUUGUUUCAGGGACGAAGAAGGCGAUGGAGGAUCUUGCUGCAGAAAACUCUGCAAUCACGGACAAAGCGUCAAAAUCCAGUGUCCCUGGAUCCAGGAAGAGGACGCCUUCUAGAAAGAAGAUGGAGGCGGACCAAAGCGGAGCGGCUAGCAGUGAUGAUGAGCCAUGCCCAAAGAAGGGAAAGCCCAAGAAGAACAAAGAGGAGAGCAGCUCCAAGGAGGGCAAAGGGGACAAAGAGACGAAAGGGAAACGGAAAAAUGGGAGUCCCAGAGAAAACAGUGGCAAGGGAAAGAACGAAACAGCCGAGGAAGACAAAAGGCGCAAGAAGGCGCAGGCAGAAUCUGGCAUCGAGGCCACGAUGUCCAUCAUUGCAGAGAUGGCCGAAGACAAAGGUGACGAGGUUGUGGUAGUCGAGCCGUCUCAGGAGAGCUCCAAGGAGCCAUCCACUAAGAACACCAAGGAGACAUCCACUAAGAACACCAAGGAGACAUCCACUAAGAACACCAAGGAGACAUCCACUAAGAACACCAAGGAGACAUCCACUAAGAACACCAAGGAGCCAUCCACUAAGAACACCAAGGAGACAUCCACUAAGAACACCAAGGAGACAUCCACUAAGAACACCAAGGAGACAUCCACUAAGAACACCAAGGAGACAUCCACUAAGAACACCAAGGAGACAUCCACUAAGAACACCAAGGAGACAUCCACCCAGACCACAGCGUCCACCAACACCAAGGAGACAUCCGCCAAAUCCCCCGGAGCUCCACUUACAGCUGAGAGUAUCCAGGAUAUCGUUAUGGGGUGUCUGGUACCUGUACUGGACGCCCUAAAAGGCCAGGAUGAAAAGGUGGAAAACCUGGGGGAAAAUGUGGACUGUAUGAUGAACCUUCUGAAGAGAGGAAAGCAUCCGAAAAUCCCCAGCACAGCGUCUACAGAGUUUACACCACCUGCUACAACGAAACACCGACUACCAUCAUCUUCCUCCGCCCUGGACACAGGCUUCAGUGGGACCCUCAUAAAGGAUGCCAUGGAGGCUGUGAUUUCGGGCGAGUUCGACUUCACAUCUCUUGGGGACGUGGCCGACCUUACCUCUCUGGGGGACAAGGUCGACCUUUCCCCUCCGGGGGACGGGGACGGGGGCUCUCUGGGGGAUGGGGUUGAUCUAAUCUCUCUGGGGGGUGAGGUCGGCUUCACCUCGCCGAUGACCCAGCACCACGUCAGCUCGCCGAAGGACGCCGGGAGCCACGUCAGCUCGCCGAAGGACGGGAGCCACGUCAGCUCGCCGAUGGCCCGGCACCACGUCAGGUCGCCGAUGGCCCGGCACCACGUCAGCUCGCCGAAGGACGGGAGCCACGUCAGCUCGCCGAUGGCCCGGCACCACGUCAGGUCGCCGAAGGACGAGAGCCACGUCAGCUCGCCGAUGGCCCAGCACGACGUCAGCUCGCCGAAGGACGGGAGCCACGUCAGCUCGCCGAUGGCCCAGCACGACGUCAGCUCGCCGAAGGACGGGAGCCACGUCAGCUCGCCGAUGGCCCAGCACGACGUCAGCUCGCCGAAGGACGGGAGCCACGUCAGCUCGCCGAUGGCCCGGCACCACGUCAGCUCGCCGAAGGACGGGAGCCACGUCAGCUCACCGAUGGCCCAGCACGACGUCAGCUCGCCGAAGGACGGGAGCCACGUCAGCUCGCCGAAGGACGGGAGCAACGUCAGCUCGCCGAUGGCCCGGCACCACGUCAGGUCGCCGAAGGACGGGAGCCACGUCAGCUCGCCGAUGGCCCGGCACCACGUCAGGUCGCCGACGAACGGGAGCCGCGUCACCUCGUCGACGGCCCGGCUCCACGUCACCUCGCCAACGGACGGGAGCAGGGGCGGCGGCGUCACCCCUCCCAGAGAUGGAGGAGUCCUCAACACCCAGGGGGGCGGGGGUGACCCUACAUCUCAGGCUCAAGUCAAAAAAGUGGCCAUUGGGCAAGUCUGGAGGAAGGUAGAAAUACCGGAACUCCUCAACGAGAUACUUGUAGGCAAGUCGCUGAAGGGGGCGAUCAGCAGCCUAAUGGAUGCCCUAUUCACGACCGAUGAAAUGGUACACAGUUCAUACGAAGCCAAUGAGAGGUACAAGCUCAAACAAUUGGAUCAUAACAGGAUGGCGGCAAUGCGGGAACACCUUGCGACCAUCAAACCCGAUGAGGUUAGCCGGCCAGACAACCCGACGUUUGUGCGCACAUUAAAGAAAACGGUGCAGAACAAGUGCAAAUCUGUGAGAAACCAUGAGCUUGAAAAGGAAAAGGCAAGGGCUAUGGAAAAGAGCGCUUCUACAUCUUCUGCUACCGAGAACUAGCGAUAGCCUGCCCCACCCUGUCCAGCAUGGUAGGAGUUCACCUCACAGGGAACCGUGGUACAUUCCAACAAGGAGGUUGAAAGAGCAAGGCAUGCAUAAAUGCAUAUUUUCAUUAUACAGCUGGAUUAAACUCCGAUACACUUCGGAACCAACCCAAA